ACCUUUUAAGUUCCGGGUAUAAGUUCAUGCCAGUGCCGACUAACUGACUUAACUGCGUGUAGGAAUGUCGUGGCUGUGGUCCUGUGGCGAGCGGGCAGCAGCUCCAGCAGUGAGAGGCAUAUGCAGCAGUUUCGCUGGGCUAAGCAGACAUGUCAGUAGCUCAACGCACUUACAACACCCUCCCCUUACUGUCCUCCAGCAGGAGCAUGGGAUAAGGAGGAUCAUAUUAAAUAAUCCUCAGCAAAGAAAUGCACUUUCUCUCCCUAUGCUUCAGUCCCUUCAGAAUGACAUCCUUCAUGAAGCUGAUGAUGUGAAUCUAAGGGCUAUUAUCAUAUCAGCUGAAGGACCUGUAUUUUCAUCUGGCCACAACCUUAAAGAAUUGACAGCUGAAUAUGGCCAAGGUUAUCAUAUGGAAGUAUUUAACACCUGUGCCAAGCUUAUGACCUUAUUUCAGACUCUUCCAGUGCCAAUUAUAGCAGAGGUUAAUGGACUGGCUACAGCAGCAGGGUGCCAGCUUGUUGCUAGUUGUGAUAUAGCUGUGGCUUCGGACAAAUCUAGGUUUGCUACACCAGGUGUCAAUGUGGGUCUUUUCUGUUCCACUCCAGGUGUUGCUUUGGGAAGAGCAGUGCCAAAAAAGGUUGCCUUGGAAAUGUUGUUUACAGGUGAGCCAAUCUCAGCCCAAGAUGCCUUGCUUCAUGGACUUGUCAGUAGGGUAGUUCCAGAAGAAAAUCUUAAAACUGAGACAAAUAGAAUUGCACUUAAAAUUUGCCAGACAAGUCACUCAGUGGUUGCACUUGGCAAAGCUACCUUUUACAGACAGAUGGCACAGAGUUUGAAUGAUGCUUAUAAACUUACAUCUCAAGUAAUGGUUGAAAAUCUAGCCAUGAAAGAUGGGGAGGAAGGCAUAAAAGCAUUUAUUCAAAAGCGGAAGCCUAAGUGGACACACUCUUGAGACAUAUGACCAGUGGAUGGAACAGAGAAAUAUUCUGGUACAAAACAUUUUAAAAUUAUAGAUAUAAAUGAAUAAUUAAUUGCCAUGGCUUAACUUUCAAGUGAUGUACAAUUUGUUAUCAUGUAAAAGUUGUUUACUUCUGCAAGGUUUGCAGGGAUUAACAUAUAAUACACAACAGCCGUAAUAAACCAUAGAAAAUCUCCUUACAACCACUUCUUGAUGUAAAUAAAGCAGCCCCUGCUGACAAAUAUAAGGAUAUCAGAAGUUAUCUCCAGAUUGAUGACCUAUGGUCUAGUCAUUAUUUAUGGUCAUGGAAACCUCAGUGACUUUUAAUAUCCAUAUAUUUCACAAAAAGUAUUUCACGGAAGUAUACAAGUAUAUCACGCACAUGUUUUCCCCAUUUGUUGCAAAGAGAAAGAGGAAGUGGAACUGGUGGGGCACACAAAGGCUGGGGCCCACCGGGUUAUUUCCCCCAGCCCAGUCCGACCCUGAUGUGGAGCACAGCAAAUCUGGACAUUUUCUUCAUCACCAGAAUGGUGAUCCCACUGUAAUUGAAGCAAUUGUUUUCAUUUGUUUUGUUUUGUUUUUGGUAUAUUAUUUAAAUAAAAGGCAGUCACUAUUAACAUAGCAGGUUAUGAUGUGGAUAAUAUAUUUAUCAGCUAUACACAGAUUUAUAAUCCACCAACAAAUUGCACAGAGCUGUACAAUAAAUAUGUGUACAACAAACAUAAAGAUUAAAAUAAACACCCAAUCCUGGGUAAUCACUUAAAAAUGCAUCCUUCCACAUUUUCAGGUGAUUACCAAAGGUAUUAUCUGGCACUUCAUCGUCAGUUGGAUAAAGAAGCGCCCUGUGUGUUAGGGCCCUUACAAUCUAAAAAUAUAGGACAAUUACAUUUGUCAGAACUUUAUCUGUACAGGCUACAACCCCAUAUAGAAAAUACAUUAUCAGAAUACAUACUAACAGUGUGGGGUCUUACAUUGAGUGAUUUUUGCAAAAUCUCUAUCAAAUUCAAACCUAUUCUAUGGUUAUUUGUGCAGACAAAUAAUAAAAAGCUGAUAUAAAAACUAAAACUUGAAUUCAGACAAGGAGUGAAGCGUGGUCAGCUCAGUGAAAACUUCUUAGCCAAUUUUUCACAGAAGCAUGUUGGUUACUUUUUCAUUUAAAAUUAUACAAUCCUAUCUGUACACUUACUCUAAUCUCAACACCAAUUGUUGUCAUCUCAACUUACUUCUGAUACUUCUAGAAUAUUAAUGAGCCAGCUGCUAUGGCUAGCUUGCAAUUCAUAUAAAAUGAUUUAUCUUGCAUCUAAACUGUGAAGCCAAAAUUGUUUGUUGUUGUUACCAUUCAAUCUAGAAUGUGUUCCAGUAUUUUUGUACUUCAGCAUGAUAGUUCAUGUUUUUGAAGAGCCUCCUUCAUUUUAUUUCUGAUUUUUCCAUUAAACAGCUAAAUACUCCAUGGAAAAAAAAUCUUAUCCUUUCAUACAUCUAUAUGCACACUUAGGUACUGGAAAAGAUAAAAUGCUAUUUAGGGGGUAAGGAACAACUUGUAAAAUUGAAUCCUCUAAACUAUUUAAAAAAAAAUAAAUCCAACAUGACAGAUUGUAAAAUGCUAUCACAUUUUCAUUUUAUUUUGUAUUAAAUUUGAUUUAGUAAUUAGUAAAUUA